GCGAGGCUGUUGGUUGGCGGAGGGUGGAUGAGGUUAGCGGGCGGUUGAGAACACAGGAAGAGGAUUCCUGUCCGUGUAGAGUGGAGGCGGCGGUGGUUGUGAGGAGUCUAUAGGGAUAUUCUCAGAGUGGUCACAUCAUGGCUUCCGUUACUAUGGCCACGUCAGAGUGGAUCGGCUUCUUCAAGGAGGCCGGCAUCCCCGCAGGACCUGCUGUCAACUAUGCAGUGACAUUUGUGGACAACAGGAUCAGCAAGAACAUGCUGCUGGAUUUGAACAAGGAGAUCAUGAAUGAGUUGGGCAUAACAGUGGUGGGAGAUGUGAUUGCCAUUCUAAAACAUGCAAAGGUAGUUCACAAACAGGAUAUGUGUAAAGCUAUGACUGAGCCUCCCAGCCAGAACAGCAUGCAGAGUGAACUACGGAGGACCGCUAAUAGCCCAGCCACAAGAAUGAUUGCAAACAGUCUAAGUCGAGACUCUCCUCCGUCCACCCCUGUACGCAGACCCGAAACAAGCACAUCCAAGAUCUCUGUUACAGUCUCCAAUAAAGUGGCUCUGAAGAACGCACAGUCAGAUGCGCCUUCACCUGCACCUGACGCCGCAGAGAUUGAAGUGAAGCGUCGCAGGGUGACGGCCGAGAUGGAAGGGAAAUAUAUUGUUAAUAUGCCAAAGGGGACCACAGCUCGGACAAAGAAGAUUCUGGAGGAACAGGCAACAAAAAGUUUCACCAGAACGUCAGUCUUUGACAGACUGGGAGCAGAGAGCAAAGCGGACACAACAACAACAGGGGCAAAGCCCACUGGAGUCUUUAGCCGCUUGGGUGAUGCACUCAAUGAAAAUCGUUCAGCAGAGAGCGACGAAGAUGACAGUGUUCUGCAGUAUGCUGGUGUGCUUAAGAGAAGGGGAACUACCAUUAUUCGAGAAAAGCUUAACCCUGGGGUUACUGUGAAGGCCAAAGCCACAAGCUCUGAGCAGAAGCCUGCCAUCAGCACCAUUAGGAGAUUAGCCACAAAGCCCCCUGCGAGUGCCCCUGCCAAGCUCACCACCCCAAAGAUAACCCUGGCUCAAAGGCUUGGCACUGUCCGAGCAAACCCAGACGAAGAAAGGAAAAGAAAAGUGCCCUCGGCUGCACUGGUGAAGCGUUUGGGAAAGGCGCCAUCUGAAGCUCAAGACAGCAAAGUCAGCAGUAGCAAGCCACCACCACCACCAAGUUUUAAAAUUACCUUCAAGCGGACUGUGGGGAAACCCCGAGUAACAAGUUCUAGUGAUAACCGCAGUGCUCAGAUGGACAAUACUGGCAGUAUAAGUGUAUUUAAGAGGUUAGGAAGAAAAUCGGUAUGAAAUGAAAACUGUUUUAACGUUUGCCCACCAGGUUAUGCAG